AUGAGGCAUGGCUCAACUUGGGUGCAGGAGAUUGUGGACAUGAUUCAAAAUGAUGGAGAUGUAAAGAAGUGCCAGCGAACUAAUACCUACAAUAGGCAACCUCUAAUUGAGUGGAAAUCACUUUCACCUCUCCCUAUGACCCAAGGCCUGGAGCUAGCUAUGCCUUUUCCAAGAAUACUGAAGACACAUCUCUCUGUCCAGAUGUUGCCACCAUCCUUCUGGAAACAAAAUACAAAAAUCAUCUAUGUGGCAAGAAAUGCAAAAGAUACUGUGGUGUCUUACCACCACUUCUCAAAAAUAGUUCCUCUCCUACCAAAAUCAAAUACCUUAGAGGAGUUCAUUGAGAAAUUCAUGGAUGGAAAAGUGCUCUGGGAUUCCUGGUAUGAUCAUGUGAAAGGAAGGUGGAAUCAAAAGGACAAACACUCCGUUCUUUACCUGUUCUAUGAAGACAUGAAAGAGAACCCAAGACAGGAAAUCCAGAAGAUUUUAAAAUUUCUGGAAAAGGACUUAUCAGAGGAAAUUUUCAACAAGAUCAUCUAUCACACCUCUUUUGAUAUCAUGCAGCAAAAUCCCAUGGCAAAUUAUGGCACCAUUCCUAAAGAGAUGAUGGACCAGUCCAUUUCCCCAUUCAUGAGAAAAGGAAUGUCAGGAGACUGGAAGAAUCAUUUUACUAUUGCUCAGAAUGAGAAAUUCGAUGAGGAACACAAGAAGAAGAUGGCAGGAACCACUUUGACUUUUCACACUGAGAUCUGAAUUGCAAUAGGAUAAAAUCUUACCUAAAAUCUUCCUUGCACUUUUUCCCCCCAUUAAAUUUCAU